ACGGUGCCGAGGCUGGGCUCCGGCGGCCGGGGGUACAGCGCUGGGUCCGUGCUGAUCGGACACCAUCAGAGCUGCAGGAGCAUGGACAGGGGGGCACAGAGAGAUGGAAGGAUCUGGGGUUUGAUUCACGAUGCUUGGCGAGGAGACAAGCUGCCGUGCGAGGAUGUGGCGAUACCGCUGAGUGAGCUUCCUGAACCGGAGCCGGACAGCAGUGGCUCCACAGAAUCCGCUAAAGAACCAGGGGCGGAGCCGGCCGACUCAGCCUUACAGAAUCUGCACCAGAACAUCCCUUCAUAG